AUGUGGCCCUACCAACGGACCCCAGUGCAGAGCCUCCAGAAAGCUGCAGAAUUCGUUUUCGUGGACGACCCUUCAAGAAAUGAAGAGUCAGGCUGCCUUAACGACAAGGAAGUUGUGUUGGCAGCAGUUACCCAAACGCCACUGGCGCUGAAAUAUGCAGCAGAUGAUCUGAGGGACGACAAGGCAGUGGUCUUGGCAGCUGUCACUCCACCUGAGUCCUUUUCAAUCAACAGAUCCAAUUAUGCCUUUUAUGGGUCCUCCUAUGCCCUCUCGCAUACGUCGGAACGUCUCAGGAAUGACAAGCAAAUCGUCCUUGAAGCCGUCAAGAACGACUACUUUGCUCUCAAACAUACUUCUCACAAUCUGCAAUCAGACAAACAGGUAGUGCUGACUGCGGUAUCCAACCAUGGAGACGCCCUUCAGUUUGCUCAUGAAUCCAUGAAGAACGAUCCAGAGGUUGUCUGGAAAGCAACCAAAGGGGAAGGAGAGAAAUUGGAAUCGGAUGGGUCCUACAAGUGCUCGUUUGAAUUUGCAGGGGCCGAGAUUAGAGACGACCGUGCCUUUGUCCUCCAAAUGGUGGCUCGCAACCCUAGGGCGUUGCUGUUUUGCUCCAAACGGCUGCAAGAUGACAAGGCAAUUGUCAUGGCCUCGGUUACCAAGUAUGGCUGGGCAUUGGAGUAUGCUUCCCUGCGAUUACAGGCAGACCGAGACGUUGUCAUGGCUGCCAUGGUCAAAUUUGGUUCCAACGCGCUUCAGUUUGCGGCAGAGCCAAUGAAGGAGGACAAAGACUUUCUCAUUCAAGGCCUGUCCGAGAAUGGAGUGGCAUUGAAGUAUGUGGCGGCACAGUUGCUAGGGGAUAAGGAUGUCGUUCUUGCAGCAGUCCAGAAUUACGGCCAUGCUUUGUUACAUGCCAACAACAAUCUGCAGGCGGACCACGGUGUCGCCCUGGCUGCGGUCCAAAGCGCAGGUGGGGCCCUCCGUUUCGUAUCCCUCGAUCUGGUUUCCAGUAGUAAAGGAAGAGAUAUUGUAAUGGCGGCAUUGACCCAAGAUGGAAAAUCCCUCGAGUACGCACCGGCAAACUACAAGGAUGACAAGCAAGUCGUAUCUGUGGCAGCUGCCCAAAGUGGAGAAGCCUUGCAGCAUGCCUCUCUUCGUCUACAAGGAGACAAGACCAUCGUUCUCUCCCCAGUUCGGCAGAAUGGAAAGUGCCUCAAUGGGGCUUCCGCCCAACUGCGGGCCGACAAGGACUGCGUGCUUGCUGCCAUAUCCAACCAACCCGAGUCCCUCAAGUUUGCCUUGGGAGGGCUCAACCAAGACCGAGAUUGCUUGGUCAUGGCUGGCAUCUGGGAUGAGCAGAAAACCAAAACUGCAGAUCCGUCCACAGAGGAAGCGCUUGUGAAAACCGAACGACAAACAGCAGCCACUACACCAACUGCAACACAAUUCACGCUGCUUUUGAAGGAGCAUUCUUACAUUCAAGAUGGCGGAUUCAUGGUCUAUUCUCCGAAUGCAUUCAACAAGGGCACGUGUGAUCCAGAAUGGACCGAAUUCGACUGGCCCUGUCGUGGCACCUUUGAGACUUGCAGCAAAGAUCCAUCUCUCAAAACUGGAGUUCCAAUAGAGUCAGAAUGCUGCUGGCGAUACUCAUUUCGCUAUCACUUGGAAGAGGCUGAGCGAAGCCAUGGAUUUAUGAUUCAGGUGGUGGAGUUGAAUCCAGUUGGAUAUCAUUGCAUUUUAACCCCUGAAUUGGGGAAGGGACAAUCCAUUGAAAAAGACAUGGCUCAGGAGGUUGGGAUUCAAAUCUUUGUCGCAGAGCAACCCAUCUCUCCUCGAGACUUUGAAGAACCUGGUCAGUUUACCAGAGAGGACAUUGAGAGAUUGGUGGAUGAAAUUCGGGAAUGGUACGAAACAUGGUCUCCCACUUGA